CUUAAGAAAAGGAAGCUGUUUAUUUCUCUCUGUGUGUUUUUCCUUCUCCAACCGGUGAAUUAAUUGUUCCAUGAAGCUAUCAUCUAUUAACAUCCAUUUUAACUGUGCAAUUACUCAGAAGUAAGCUCAGUUGGGUUCAAUGGGACUUACUCCCAGGUGAUCAAGAUGAAUCUGGAAAAACUAUGCAAACCUGAGCUACUGACACUAUUUAGUAUUCUUGAAGGGGAACUAGAAGCCAGAGAUAUUGUCAUAGAAGCCUUAAAGGCUCAGCGCAGAGAUACUUUCAUUGAAGAGCGCUAUGGAAAAUACAACAUUGGUGAUCCAUUAAUAGCUCUUCAGAGGGAUUUUGAAGCACUGAAGGAAGAGAACCAUGGCGUUAAACAACCUGUUUGUACCAAUCCCUUAACCAUCCUGAAGGUAGUAAUGAAACAUUGCAAGAAUAUGCAAGAAAAAAUGUUGUACCAACUAGCUGCUGCAGAGAGUAGGCACAGAAAGGUAAUCUUAGAUCUUGAAGAAGAGAGGAGGAGGCACGCCCAAGAUACUGCUGAAGGAGAUGAUGUCACAUACAUGCUGGAAAGGGAGCGAGAGCGGCUCGCACAACAGCUGGAAUUUGAAAAGUCCCAGGUGAAGAAGUUUGAGAGAGAACAGAAGAAGCUCUUGAGCCAGUUGGAGGAGGAGCGCACACACCACCACCAGCUUUCUGCUUUGCUUGUGCUGGAGUGCAAGAAAGCCACAGCCAAAGCCACAGCCAAAGCUGCAGAGGAGGGGCAGAAGGUUGGGGAGCUCAGCAUGAAGCUGGAGAAGGAAAGAAGCCAAGUAAACCAGUUGGAGGAACAGCUAGCAGCCAAGAAGAAAAGGGACUUGCAAAUGGAAGCACAUGUGGAGAAGCAGCUGUCUGAGUUUGACAUUCAGCGGGAGCAGUUGAGAGCCAAGCUGAACCGGGAAGAGAACCACACCAAGGCCCUGAAGGAAGAAAUGGAGAAUCUAAGGACAACCCUAAAAGAAUUGGAGGCUUUGCACAAAACGGGCAGCAGCAAGGCUGAAAACACACCACCAAAUGUCUCAAAGGUGUCCAUAGCAACUGCCACAGAGGGCUCAACUACGUCAGUUGCUUGCCAGACAGGAAGUCCCUUGAUAGAAAGCAUCAACCAAGGAAGUACUAUCAGACUGGCGCAUGUGCUGAUGCCCAUCUCUGCCACUUCUCCCUACUCUUAUACCAAGGCAAAUGGGCACUAUGAUGCUGAUAUGCAAGCAACUAUGGAGCCAGCUCAGCCCAAUGUAGAGUAUCUGCAGAAGGGUAGGCCUUUUGGGUCAGCUGCUGAGAGCACCAGAGAAAAUAGCAGCUGCCCAGUAAGAACAGAGUCACUUUCUCCUUCGACCCCACCGCUCCCUUCCAGUGGGAUAUCCUUAUCUCCAAGCAGCACAGCUUCUUCAUCCCUGACAUCCUCCCCAUGCUCCUCCCCAGUGAUGCCUAAAUGUUUGGGUGGAGCAUCAGCCAGCAGUCCCAGUUACCAAUCUUCUUACCAAGUGGGGAUCAAUCAGCGCUUCCAUGCUGCUCGUCACAGGUUCCAGUCCCAAGCCGAUCAAGAUCACCAGUCAAGCGGUCUCCAAAGUCCUCCAUCCAGAGAUCUGCCACCCACCCUUGUGGAUAAUUCUGUCACAAAGCAGCUUGCUCGUAAUACAGUCACUCAGGUUCUCUCCAGGUUCACCAGUCAGCAGGGUCCUAUCAAGCCAGUCUCUCCUAACAGUUCCCCCUUUGGCACAGACUACCGAAACCUGGCCAGUGCCAUGAGCCCCAAAAGUGAGUCUAGCCCAGGCAAAGUCUCUAGCCCACUGGGUCCACUAUCGCCUGGUGUCAAAUCACCAACCAUACCCAGAGCAGAAAGGGGGGAUGCUCCACCAACUCCUCCAAAGAAGCCCCUCCUGGCCACUCCCACUCCACCAACUAAAACCUCCUCUCAGGCAUCUUCUCUGGGUUCUCCUGUGGACUUGAUGAGUAGCUGCUCAGGCAAUGCUGUUGUAGCCAAUGGGAAAGAAAUUGAGCUUUUAUUGCCAACCAACAGCUAGUCUCCAGAAAGAGUCCCAUAGCAGGUGUUUUGCCAUUCCUAGAGCUGAAAUGCUGUCUUAUCUACUCCAUGUUAUUUAUUGUUUGGAGAGUUAAAAGAUAAUAAUAAAUAAUAAUAAAUUUAAUUUCUGUGUUGCCUAUCUGGCCAAUGGCCACUCUAGGCGACGUACAAAAUCGUUAAAACACAAUAUGAUAAAAUACAGUAAUACAAUAUAAAAACAGUAUAAAAGCAAUACAGCUGGAACAACAAUAUUAAAACAGGGCAGGAGGCAUUUCAGUCAUAGCAACUAACCCUCCCUGGAGAUCCCGAAGGCCUGUUGAAAGAGCCAGGUCUUUAAGGCUUUCCGAAAUACAUUUAGGGAAGAGGCGUGCCGGCGAUCUUGUGGGAGGGAGUUCCAGAGGGUGGGGGCCGCCACUAAGAAUGCCCUCUCUCUAGUACCCGCCAAUCUAGCUGUUUUUGUCGGCGGGAUUGAGAGAAGGCCCUGUGUGGCCGAUCUUGUCGGGCGGCAUAAUUGGUGACGUUGAAGGCGCUCCGUAAGAUAAACUGGGCCGAAACCGUUUAGGGAUUUAAAGGUUAAUACCAACACCUUGAAUUAGGCUUGGAAAACAACUGGAAGCCAGUGUAGAUCGAACAACACUGGUGUGAUGUGAUCCCGGCGGCGACUGUUUGUAAGUAGUCGAGCCGCCGCAUUUUGUAUCAGUUGUAAUUUCCGGACCGUUUUCAAGGGUAACCCCACGUAGAGCGCAUUACAGUAAUCCAAACGAGAGUUGACCAGGGCGUGUACUACCAGUGGGUGCUGAUGAACAGGAAGGUAGGGUUGCAGCCUUCGUAUGAGGUGUAGUUGAUACCAGGCUGCCCGGCUCACUGCCGAAAUCUGAGCCUCCAUGGACAGCCUGGAAUCAAGUACAACCCCAAGGCUGCGGACCUGGUCCUUCAGGGGUAGACUCACCCCAUUGAACUUCAAGUCAACAUAUAAAUGUAUAAUACAUUUAGUGUAUUUUCCUUUUCU